AAUGACAUUGACUUAUAUUCUGGAGCUAGCUAUUGUGCCCUGAAGACUGUUCCAGAAAAUGAAAAGAUGUAUACCACAGUUCUCCAGCAAAAAAGCAACAGAGGUCGGAAAAGACUACGACUGUUUGAAUAUAUUCUUGAGUCUCUUCAUAAUCCAGACAUGGCAAACUGUAUCCAGUGGAUAGAUAAAACCAAUGGUGUCUUCCAGUUUAUUUCCAAAAACAAGGAGAAAUUGGCAGAACAGUGGGGGGAACGCAAAGGGAACCGGAAAGUCAUGACCUACCAGAAAAUGGCAAGAGCCCUGAGGAAUUAUGGGAGAACGGGAGAAAUAACUAAAAUUCGAAGAAAGCUGACCUAUCAGUUUGGUGCUGUGGUUUUGCGAAAGCUCUCUCUAGCCUGCUUUUCAGGAAAAGAUGGAAAUAUUGAUGAUCAAUUUGUUAAAGCUGAACAGGAAUGCCUGUAUGCAGCUGACUGGCUUACUUAUCAAAACUGCAUAAACCAAAAAGGCUGUGACCUUCAACAGGACAGCAGCCUUACAAGUUCAUUCUACUAUGAAGCUUACUAG